UUCUCGAGUUGCGAGCUUAGCUGGCCUUACGCCUCCGCGCUGUUGUGGACGUCUCCGGUAAUGGGCAGAUAGAUCAUCAAUCAAAAGAUCCCAGCUUGCGGCAAUCACAUCACAAGAAUGCCUCGUCUGACGUUCAUAGCUCGUGCGACGGACGGUUUGAUCUUGGUAGAGACCUGGGACGACAUCAACAACAACAAGAGCCUGCAGACGUUCAAGCAGCAGGCCAAGCAGCUGCUCAAGAAGCUCGACCAAGCCCCGCCCAGAUGCUCCGUCGACUCAUCCACACACACCUUCCAGUGAGGCAGGCAGGCAGGCAGGCACAGGCGACACACCACACACCUGACACAACACAAGCACCGAGAAUUGUCUGUCUGUCUGUCUGUCUGUGUGUGCUUUGUGUCCUGUUGCGAUUUAUUGAAUCAUCCCAUCAGUUACUUGUGUGACAGCGGCAUCUGUUACAUGACGCUGUGCGAGAAGUCCUACCCCAAGAAGCUGGCCUUCUCCUUCCUCGAGGAGAUCCACAGGGCCUUCCAGGAGGAACUCAAGCGGGAAUUCGGCACACACUCCGUCGACUACCGCUCCCAGAUCGAAACCGUCGAGAAACCUUACUACUUCAUCAAAUUCGGUCAGUCACACACUCACACACAGACACACACACACAAGGAAACUGGGUGCUCUUCCUUCCCAUGGCGUCGCUGUGACCGUGGUUGACUGACGUGGUGUGCUGUACGGGUGUGGUCAGACCGAACGAUUCAGCGGAAGAAGAUGGAGUACCGCGACCCCCGGUCGAACAAGGCGCUGCAGAAGCUCAACGACAGCCUCACUGAGGUGGCCUCCAUCAUGAGACAAAACAUCGACGAGGUCCUGCAGAGGGGAGAAAACCUUGAAGGUCCGUCCGCCAAGCAGCACCACACACACAGCCGCACACGGGCCAUCCAUCAUCCUGCGUACUUUUCUGCAUGUAUGUCUGAUGUCUGUCUGCUUGUGUCAUUCCUUCAUUCAGAUGUGGGGAGGAAAGCGACGAGCCUCAAGUACGAGUCCGACAAGGUACAGUACACGUCACGUGGGGGAUGCAAGGAGGGAGGCUGUAGGGUGGUCGACACACGACGGUCGUGUUGGACAAAACCCCUCGGGACCUGCUGCUGUCUGUGGCAUGUGGCAUGUGUGUAUGUCAGUUUCGGAAGGCGGCCCACACGUUGAAUCUGCAGGCACUCGCCCGGCAGUAUGCGCCGCUGCUGGUCAUCGGUGGGGUCAUCUUUCUCUUCAUUGUAUACAAAGUCUUCUCGUGGACCAGAUAGCCAGCCCAAACCAGCCAGUGUGAUGUAUGUUUUUCAGUGUCGUCUGUUCGUGUGGUGCUUUUCUCGGUAUCUCCCUCCCUCCAUGCCAUGGGUGUGCUUGUGCGUCAUGUCAUCUGUGCAUGGCGUGGUGCGUGCGUGUGUGUUUUAAGCUGUGUGUUGAUUGAUCCGGUCAGACAAGUGCACACACUGACGAUCGACCCUCGAAUGGUGUGUAACUCGGUAAUACUAUGCAGUUUGUUGUCA